AUAAAUUCGUAAUGAAAAACGGUAUGCGAUGAGGAAAAUAAGAGAUUUUCAAAUGAUGUUACGGAAUCAACUUCCGGCCGCCAUCUUUCGACUCGAUUCGAAGCACCAAUCUUAUUUGAGCAUUCUCAUGGAAUCGGGACGUAGAGCGUAAGACAUAGGAGCGCGGUCAAGUGCUCAUUUCCGUUUUCGAAUCCUACGUCACCUACUCUGAAAGCCCGUGUGUUUUGUGUUUCUUUGGGGCCAUGAUGAUUCUCGCUAAUUUAACGUUCAAACUGUUGAAUUUGAAACUACACUUCUUGAAGUCAUAAAACUAUUAACAAAUUUAAAAAUUCGAUUUAAAUUGGAACAGCUAUUAUUAUAAUAUAAGUAGAUACAAAAAAAAAACAGUAAUAUUACUAUAUACAAAAAACAUAUACAACAAGUAGUAAACAAUACACUAAACUUAUUACCAUAAAGAGAAGAAAUAAUAUCUUUGAAAGAUGGGUAUUCAAGACUUGCAAGCUUUUCUGGAUAGUAAUUGUAUACCAGGUGGAUCUGUAUCGGUAGAUUUAUUAAAAAUAGCACGUACCGUUACUCAGCGACAGCGCAAUCGUCUUUCUAAAGUUCUAUCACCACAUUCAACUACAAAGCUAAGAUUAGUCCUUGAUGGAGAAUGUUGUUUAGAUAGACUUUAUGGCGGCUAUUUUUCAGAUUGGGCUUGCGGAGGCCAGUGGAACCGUAUGGUACAAUUUCUAGCAGUGCUUAUACAAGCAACAGAAAUGUCAGGUUUAGAAUUAGCUGUCUUUUUUAAUGGUUGUUUUGAAGCUUCUCGUCGUGCAGACUGGGUUCAAAAUCAGUUGCAAGUGAGAAUUAAAGUAAAUAAUGUCAUCAAACAUAUUACAACCAAAGGAACUCCACCACCAAAGAUUUGGUGGACACCACCUGUAUGUUUAAGAACCAGUUUACGUAUGGCACUUAGAUAUUUUAAUGUUGCAGUUUUAUGCAGUAUGGAUGAUCAUCAUCAAGAAGUCAUUGCUUAUUGCCGGGAAAAUAAUUUUAAUGGUUUAAUAGCCGAUGAUGCUGAGUAUGCUGCAUUUGAUCCACCUAGAUACUUCUCUUCAGAACAAUUAAAACUUACAUAUAAGGGUUCCCUUGAUACAAAAGAAUAUAUAAUUCCUGAACUUUUAAAAGCCUUAAAUAUCCCAGCAGAUAGACUAUGCUUAUUGGCAGCAUUACUUGGGAAUUAUAUCUUAACGGAAAAUAAUCUCCUUGACUUCUAUAAAAAAUUAAAUAUAAAUACGAACACUAAUAAGACUAGUAUUGAACAAAUGAUAAAAACAAUUGCUAAUUUUGUUAGAGAACUUCCAUCUGUUGAGUUAGAUGUAGUAUCGCAGAAAGUAUUUGGAUCUCUAUCUGAUCCAAGGUGUUCCAAAUUAAGGCAAUCUGUACAAUACUACAUUAAUGGUACAAAAGAAGGAUUUUUACAUUAUAAGCCUGUAAAACCAACUAAAGCUCAUAAGAUAGAUUCCAAGCAAAAUUUGCAAACGCAGUCAAAUUUAUCUGAUGGACCAUCAACUUCAGAGGGUGAUAGUAGUUUAGAAACUUCUAGAUUUGCUUCUGAAACAUUAGAAAGUGAACGUGAAAGCUUAAAUGCGUACAAGCAAGCGACAGCAAAUGCAAAGUCAGCACCACAGAUAGUGAUAGAUCCACCUGGUAUCCAAGGACAUGGAGAUGCUGACAAUGCUAGAUCUGAGGAGGAACAAAGUAAUGGUCAUGCUAUAAAUGGCACCCAUAAUCUUUUAAUAAGUUCAUCAAGUUCAAGUAGCAGUUCCUCUGCUACAUCUCCAUCGCAUGCUACGACGGAUUCAACAAAACAAAUAGAAAAAACAACUACUAGUAUUCCUAGUACAGUACCAGAAGUUAUGCGUACUGCUUCUGAAAGACAUCAAAAAGGUCUAAUGUCUCCUCACAUAUAUCAAAUUCUUAUAGCUGGUGAAAUUAAAUUGCCAGUUCUUUUAGAGGAUGAAAAUCACAGAGAAUUUCCCUCUAUUCAUUUGAUUUAUAGACCAGUAAGACAAAUGGUAUAUGCAAUUCUUUUUAAUUUACACCAUCGGAUGUAUUUAGCAACUAAAAGUAAAGAGAAAGGUGAUAGUGAAAAAAUUGAAGUACCGGACGUGAUAAUAAAGGAAUGGGUAUGGUCAAAGUCGAAUCCAUAUCAAACUCCAGAAUUAGUAAAAGCAGAACAAAUUGGUUGGGGUGUUCCGACGAUCCAACGUUUGUGGUUUGGCACAGGAAUAGAUGACAAACGUCGCCGAUUAAGAGGAUUUUUGACUUGCAUGAGGUCAGAUACACCUCUUAUGUUAAAUACAGCUUAUGUACCUCAACAUUUUUUAGUUAUGGCUUGUGUUUUACGAUACGUUAUGUCUUUCUCUGAUAAAAUAAAAAUUUUGCGUCGUCAAGAAUUAGAUGCUUUUAUUGCACAGGCCUUUUCUCCAGAAUUAAUGAAUGCUCAAUAUUUGCAGGAUUUACAGCUUCCUUUAGUAACUUCCCGUGGUGUUCAACUUGCAAGUUUAUUUAUGGCAGGCGUGGAAACUGCUCUUUUAGCAAAUGAUGCUUGCGGCGCUCCAAUACCUUGGUUAAUGUGCUGUCCUUGGUUAUAUUUUGACGGAAAACUAUUUCACCAUACAUUAGCACGAGCUACUAUUGCAAAAAAUUUAUUGGAAUUGUGCAGUGGUCACAUAGAACGUGUUGUAAAAGUUGAAAGAAUGAGAAAGGCUGUACUUGAAGGGAUCAAUGUCGUGUUUGCACGACCACCAAUGCCUAUUGCACCAGGCAUUCGUGUAUCAGUACCUCAGAAUAUUCUACCAGCUGGCUGUACGAUUAAUGAAGGAUUAAUUCGUGGACGAGGUAAUGGUACAUUGCCACAACGUGGUCUAAUGCGUCGCCCUAUACCUUCGCGCGGAGGACAAUUGGAGAUUGCUGGUGUUGUUGUUGGUCAAUGGGGUCCCAAUUAUGGUCAACCUGGUCGAUUGCCACAACCUAUGCAAGGACAUCCUCGAGGACGACUUCCACCUCAGGUUACUUCAAUAGGUGGUUUGAAGUAUGGUUUACCCCGUGCAUUCAAUCCAAUGGGAAGGCCAACUUUUCCAACACGCGGGAAUAAUCGUACGCAAAUAGCUGGACGUGGAAAGAAGACUCAGAUGAAGGCAACCAGUAAGAAAAAAACUACUAUAAAGAAGACUAAAGAGUGUGAUAAGAAGGAUAGCAAAGGACGAGGUAUUAAUGUGGACGGACUAAAUGAUUAUAUAGAUCCUGUAACAAGUAUUAAUACAACAAAAGAAGUACUGCCAGUGCCUGGUCAAUUUGAUGAUGCUGUAGAAAAUGGUAAAACUGUCGAAAAGGGCCAGGGAGAUGCGCCACUUCCUACACAGGUAGUGGCUGAAAAUUAGGUAUUUAUAAUAACCACUUUUUCAUGGACUUUAGACACUCCCGGAUGCGACUGAAGACUGCAAUAUCCAUAUAUUCAAUCGGCAAUUGUGCACUGCGAACUUUUGAAAAACUAAUAAUAUUUACUUAUAAUGAUAUUUCUAUGUAUUUUGAAAAAGUAUUUUAUAGUCGUACUCUGUAAAUUUAAUUUGAAUUACAAAGAGAUUAGUAUAAUUAUUGCAAUAUAAGAAUACAUUUUUUUUUAUUUUAUUUUGUUUUGUUUUGUUUUUUGUUCUGUUUUGUUUAUUUUUAAAUGUAUAGAAUCUCUCAAUUGUAUAAGAAAGUUAACGAUACGGUAAUUUAAAAAGUGACUUUAUUACUCAAGAAUUCUCAUAUUCAGUGAGAAUCAUAUAUUCAUUAUAUCAAGUAUCCAGUGCACAAUAGCUCGGUGUAUCUAUCUAAAGCUCUAAUGGGGCCAAAUUAUUUAACUAAUGUAAGUGACAAGACGUCUUUUUAAGGCGUCUCAAAGAGAUAUAGAAGAUGGCAUAAAGAAUAACCAAUUUUUGACAUAUACUAUAUGAUGUCCUCACUGCCAAACAUACCACUCUAUGUAAGAUAGAAGAAAAAAAUCGUGCUUGUGCUAACGAGCAUCUUUGCUCGCAAUACCAUGGGAUGAUGAACUCGACUGAUUAGUGUAUGCGUGCGCUAAUUUUACUACUGAGAACAAGUUGUCAGCUGCUAAGUAUUUAAUUCUUAAGAAGUGUGAUUAUUUUUUUUACAAUGAAAAUAUAUAUUUUCCGGUAUUAUAUGAAAUGCUUGCUUUAAUGAUCUCAGUAACCUAGCCUUUGAUAAGCCUCUAAAUGAAUUUAAAUUUAAUGAAGGAUAUAUCACGAGAUGGUUUAUUGACUUUUAUAAGUAAAUAGAAAUAAAAGGUAUAGGAUACUGAGAUGAUUGUUUGCACAUGGAGACUGAUGCUUUUCAUAUAGGUAAAAUAUAUAUUUAUAUAUGAUUUAGAUUAGAUUCCCAUAGCGUAUUAUACGUAAGUUGUGAAUGUGAGAUGUAUGAAUGUGGACAUAUACUUACGUAGAAAAGAGAUUUAUGAAUGCGAUAUUUAUGAUAGCGUUGGGGGAAAGUGUGGGAGAAUGAUGUAUAUAAGUGGGGGAUGUUAGGUCAUUGCAUAUAUACGUGUAUAUAUUUAUAUAUAUAUAAAAUAUAAGUCUCUAUAUAUGUGCACAGGAUGCAUAUAUAUAUAAAUAUACACACAUUAUAUAUACGUUUAUAUGCAAUCAAAAUUAUAUAUUUACUUGCUGUUGCAUUGGAACUUAUAUGAUUGAACGUACUCUAUUAAAUUGGAACGUUAAAUGUAAUAGUUUUUCUAUUACAAGUAUGUAGCUUUUAAGCUGGUUAUUAAUUGUAAACGAACGAGUUUUUUCAAGAGAUUAAUAAUAUUAUAAAACACGCUUUAUAUCUUUAGAAGAUAUGUUGCAUUAUAAAGAAAAAAAAAAGAGCAAUGAAUUGCUUUAUAUUGGUGACGUUUUUUGAAUGACAUAAUUUUCUUUCUUUCUUUCUUUUUUUUUUUUUUUUUUUUUUUUGGGAAAAAGAAAAAAGAAAAAAAAUAAAUUUUCAAUGAAGUUUUCUUUCGCCCCUUUAUAUUAAUUUUUAUUAAGUGUUUGGACACACAAAGCUCAUUAAACAAUGAUUAAUUACUAUGCAAAAUUAUACGAGUGCCGCUUGUUGCUGUUAAAAUAAAAAAAAGUUGUACUUGAGGUAGAAAAAUCAAUCGGAUAGUAUCACAUAGCCCAAGUACAAAAAUCCUACACAUCUAUUGUCCUCCACACAUUUACUAUAUUUAAUGAAAUAUAUCAUUUAAUUGUACAUAUGAAUAGUUAUACUAGAAGUAAUUGUGCGAUCAAUGUGGUGUACAUACAAAAUCCAGUUGCAUGUGCUUAUCAUGCACUGAGUUAGAGAACAUGAUUAUGUUAUAAAUAUAUUUAUGAGUAGAAUAGUCAAAAAGAGGGACAUUCUACCAAAGAGCAGUGUUUAAGAUGUGUUCUUUUAUCAAUAAUGAAAGAAUGGUAAGAAACAAGACAGCACGACAAAACACGAUUAUUAAAUAAGGUGAGGCAAAAAGAUGUGUGUCUAAGUGCAGAGAGAUAAUUAAAGCGAGUAAGAAAAACCAUUUAUUGAGAUAAUAUAAGAAGAGACGAUAAAAUAAAAUGUUAUAUUUUUGUAGAUUUGUUAUUGCGUAAAAUGCAUUAAGACAAUGAGAAACUUUAUAUAAUUUGAAUAGAAUGACAGGGAGAGAGAGAGAGAGAGAGAGAGAAAGAAAGAGAAAGAAAAAGAGAGAGAGAGAGAGAGAGAGAGAGAGAGAGAGAGAGAGAGGAUUGAUGAGCCUGUGGGAUAAAAUAAGUAAGAUCUGGAAAGAUAGAUGUGUUUAGAAAAAGUGCUUUGGAUGUGCAUAUUUAGAAAUGACAUCCAUAAGUAAGCAUUGCCGAAAAAAUCCCAUAUUCUCCUAUAUCUCUAACUGUUUAAUUCUGAUUUUUGGACAGCUUAUAGGGAUAAGAGAGAGAAUGAAUAACAGAAAUGAAUUAUUAUACCAUGUCAGCUUCAACGUGCGCUGAGCAUCUGCGAAUAAUUAACAGUUUUUCCGAUGCAUUUGGAAUGGCACACACUUGCUUGAUUAUUAACUAAUAAAUGCGUUUAUAGGUAUAUUUUACGACAUAUAAAAUCUUACAGUUUCCAUUAGCUAAUAUUAUUUUACCAUUGCAAUGGUAAUGUAUUGAGACAUAUACAUUACCACAUUGUUUAUCGCGCGUGCGAAUUACAAUUUUUAAAUGAAGAAUAUUAAUCAUUACAAGUGACACGUACUAGAAGCAGACCUUCUGAUCUGACAAACCAAUUUGAGAGUAAAUGCCACUUUACGCUUUCGUAAAGGUAGAUGAUUUUCUUUCCAAGAAAUCAAUCUCUUGAUACCAGAUACAAAAUGUAAAUGACACAAUGAUAUACACAACAUAAUCAGUUGCUGCUGCACUGAUAUGAGUAUGCAAUAUAAUAACAUGAAAUAAUUUAAUAAAUACGAAGCAAAUGCGGAAAUCCAUAUUGAAUACAACAGAAUAGAAAUGUCGGAAAAAAGAAACUUGCAUAAAAGCAUAAUCAACGUUAAAAACAGGGCGUGUUUAAUGCGUGCCUGCUUUUCGUUGUAUAAGUAGAAAAAGGGGGCCCACAGAAAAUGUCUAUGAUACAACAUACCAUUUAAACGAAAACAAAAAAACAAAAAAAACAUACGAAUAAUCUACUAUAUUUAUGAAGUAACCAUCUAUAAUGACCUUUGAACAUUGUGUGUUGUAAUAACAGAAAAUUAAUUAUACACAAAGUAUAAGACUAACUUGGUAUCUCUGCUAGAGUGACAAAUGCUUUUGAGAAACGGUCGAUGGUACGAAUUACGCGAUUAAUGUCUGCAAUCGAUAUUCAGACGCUUUAAAGUAAGACUCGUAUUUUUUAUGGCUGUUUUCUUCUUACGUUAACAUCAUAUUUUUCUAGCGCAGAUUAUUAUCGAGACAGCCAGUAGGAUUUCACAGAUUAGCUUACUUGUAUCACUAAUAUAAUUAUGCUCUUGAUUCAGAAGAAAACAAUAUUUUUUUUCUUUUUCUUUUUUUUUGUAUUUAUUUUUAUUUUUAUUUUUAUUUAUACUCAGUAGGUCUUUAGAUAUCGUUGAAAAACAAGAAAAAAAAAUGAAAUCAUUUAAUUUUUACUUACUUUAUUAAAUGAUUACCCAAAAAAAAAAAAGAAAUAUUAUUAUCCUAUUUUUCGCGUAUUAUAAUAUAUACACCAUGAUGGGCAUUGAAAUAUUGAUGUUUCUCUUAUUCUCUUAAUUUGCUGUAGGAUUGUAUGAGUAGAGUUGCAAUUUCUAAUUGUAAUUUAAUAAAUAAUAAUGGACAGAGAACAACUUUAAUUAGUAUGUUCCAUUCGUAAAUUUUAAGUUUUCUUAUGUCAUAGUUUUUGCUUACAUAUGCAAUAUUGAGAUAUAAUAAAAUAUAAUAGCGAACACGAUAUACUAUAAUAAAAUAAAAUAAAAAAAAUUAAACACUUAUUGAUGUAGCUGAAAAUGCAUGUGGGCCCCAUCAUUAUAUAUUCUUAUUAAAUAUUACAUAAUGUAUAUUCUGCUAUUAUUUCUCAUAGCUAAAAAAGAUACAUGCGCAUAUGCGAGGUAACAUGUAUGUUUGAUAAUCAUUAGUAUGUUUAUUUUUGUUUUGCUUUUUCUUUGUAUUUAAAAAAUGUAACAAUGUUUAUAUACAUAAGCGCAUGCCGCAAAGUGGUGGAUACAAUGUUUUUUCGAUUAUGCUUGACGCGUAAUAUAAAUUAUGGGGUUUUUGCUGUUUUGGAUUUAUCAAAGAAAACUAUAAAAAGUUAAAAGAUCCUCCUGAAAAAAUAAGCAUGCGCUGCUAUAUUGUUAGUAAUCAAUUAAUUUUAUCUUUAUGGGUCGGUGAGUGGUUUCUGUUUUAUGAAAGCAGUGACACUAAUUUUAUACAUUUAAAUUUGAGUAUGUAAUGUUGAUAUUUGAUGAAUUGCUUGCGUUAUACUUAAAAUAUUAUGUCAUUGCUAAACAGUGUCCCAUAUAAUACUGAGUAGGAUUAUGCUUCAGUGAUGGCAAAUAUAAAUAAUAACAUCGAUUCAGCAAAAGCUACAUUUCAGAAUGAAUUAUUCAUUUCUAACUAUUAAAUAUAUAUUUAAGAAAUAUAUAGUGAUUAUUGCUACAUAGCCGACCCAUUUAGUCUCUUUGCAUUUAUAUAACACAAUAAUAUUGAUGUAUUCUUGUUGAAUUAUUCUAUCUUGUAACUUAAUAUUAUAACAUGUACCCCAUUCAUGUCUAGUGUCAAGCAGAGCUGAUUCUAUGCUUUUGCUAGCCGAAGAACUGAAAAUUAAGUACAGAAAUUUAAGUAAUCACGUUUGUAUGCUGAAAUUCUGAUGCUUUUCUGUAAUUCCAAUUCAAAGGAUAAAGUGAAAUAAGAAUCAGUGCUGACAACACAAGGCAAUUAAAAAUUAUUAUAAAGCUAAAAUCACAUUUACUACUUUAAAAAUGAAUACAUAUUUGGGAAGUAGGAGGUAAUAAUUAUAUAAAUGUAGUGGCAACUCUAUAAUACUACAAAAAAACAAUGUAUACAAUGAUUAUUCGAAAUAUUAAAAUGCAAACGCACUUUGAUGGAUGUUGUAACAAUUUAGAAUAUUCAAAUUACAUUGAUAUUUGCUUUGUAAAUCUGCGCUCUCUGGAGUAUGCCGCUCUGCUAAUCAAGAUUAUAUUUGACGCAUCAAAACAAUUUCUCGAACAAGUAAAUAUUUUUUAUGGCAGAGUGGCUCUCAUCCAUUGGCAGAUAUUUUAAGUUCAUUUCUUUUAAAAAUAUUAACCAUAUAAUUUUCUUGUAUAAUGUAACUACACAACACACACACGCAGAGAAUAGAACGAUAAGAUACAUAGAUCCUCCGUUGGGUUAAAAAAAAGCUUUUCAACAUAAUGUAUGGUUCAAACAUUGAAAAUUGAACCUUCAACAAGUUUUGUAAGAAAGCUCUUAGCACGAGAGGUUCUUGGAUAUGGUUGGCUGACAUUUUCGAAAGUUUAAUGAUUUAUUGAAACGUGUUGUCAUGUCUUGAAUAUAAUUAAAAGAACUAUAAAAAUUCUAUUAAGAACA